AUGCAGUCUAUCGCGCAACGCGUACAUCGGUGUUGGAGAAAAUAUGAGAUCUUGAAAGCUGGCGUGUACAUAACAAUUGGUGCAACGUUUACCCAUUUUAUUCUAAAAUCGGAAGUUCCAAGCAUUUCAUUCUCACAUCCUGUAACUGCAGCUGAAAUCAUUUACCCUCCUCUUGUCGGCUCCCCAAACCUCCCAAUAAACAAUGAAGCUCUUCGUACUUUGGGAAUGCCAUCAUCAAGUCAUCUUCGUAUUUUUGACGGCUAUAUAUGUGUUUAUGAUCGUCGCAACAGAAUUCCAUAUUGGGUAAUGGAACAUUUAAACCCUGCUAAACUACAUCAAGUUGAUAUUGAUAAGGCUGGAGUAGAGCGUAAGGAUUUCGAUUUCUAUGAAGAUCUUGGUGAAAUUGAAAUGUUCCGUUCUACUAACAAAGAUUAUUUGAACUCUGGAUAUGAUCGUGGUCAUCUAGCCGCUGCAGGAAAUCAUCGCCUCAGCCAUUCAGCUAUGGGACAAACUUUUAUAUUAAGCAAUAUUGCACCUCAAGUUGGAUAUGGUUUCAAUCGGCAUGGUUGGAAUAGCCUAGAGAAGUAUAUACGUGCGGUUGCAAGAAAGUCACACAAUAUGGUUGUUAUCACAGGACCAUUGUUUCUACCCCAAAAUGUAAAUGGCAAGAAAAUUGUGACUUAUGAAGUAAUUGGUAACAAUAAUAUUGCAGUUCCAACUCAUUUCUUCAAAGUGGCAGCUAUUCAAAAUAAACCAAAUGGUGAAUGGCAUCAAGUAGCUUGGGUAAUGCCCAAUAUUCGUUUACCUGAACAAAUUAAAUUGGAUGGUUUUAAAGUUCCUGUUGAAAGCGUUGAAAGUGCCUCAGGCUGGAAAUUUUUCCCUAAACUUAAAUCUUAG